GUUAAUUUUUUCUAGGUUUUUCUCAAUUUCUUUUUUAACCAUGGACUCACCACCCCACCACCACCACCGUACCCUUGAAAAAAUAGACAAAGAACAGAGCAUAACCACAGCAAGUCUCUCUAGCCAGCCAGAACUCAAAGACGAUAACUUAACAGACCCAGAAGAAAGCCAAGAAUUUGAGGAACACGACAACAAUGAAAGAAUCAACAACGGUUCUUCUUCUUCUUCUCUUGUUUUACAUCAAGUACAGAGAAAGCAACAGCAAGUGGUAAUUGCAGCAAAGAGGAACAGAAAAGACAGGCACACAAAAGUAGAAGGUCGAGGACGGAGAGUUCGGAUGCCAGCAACAUGUGCAGCCAGGAUUUUCCAGUUAACUCGAGAACUAGGUCACAAGUCUGAGGGUGAGACAAUAAGUUGGUUGCUUGAACACGCAGAGGCAGCAAUAAUUGCAGCAACAGGUACAGAAGCCGCUCAUCAGAAUUCAGUUUCUUCAGGUUUGGCUCCUAUUGCUAGUACAAGUCCACAAGGGCUGGUGCCAAUUUGGCCAAUGGGGACUCUUCUGUUCCCACAAGGGAGUAGUGUUAGUGUUGGUGUUGGUGAGUCUAAUCAGGCUCCAUUUUGGGCUUUUCCUGCUGCCAGUACAACUCCAUGUUUUAAUAUGGCUGCGAAGCCUAUUUCUAGCCUUGUUUCUGCUAUGCAGCCUGGGGUCCAAUUGGCUGGUAAUGUUGGUGUUGGUUUUGGUGGAGGUGGGUCGCUGGGGUCAGGUGGGUCACCUUCUAAUAACAUUGGGUCAAUGAGUUCCUCACUCAGGAUCAAGUAGCACGAGUGCUAGUACUGGGGGCGGCGGCGGCGGCGGCUCGCAAACGUUAAGGGAUUUUUCUUUGGAGAUUUAUGAUAAGAAGGAGAAUGUCUGGGCCAUCGUGUGAAUCAUGAUCAUCAACAAGCACCAUGGUCAGAAUCUUGCAUUUUGAGAUGACUGGCUUGCGUUUAAUCAACUUGGGGGGUCACCACAAAUGUUAAUGCAGUAGUGACAGUGUUUUACGAUAAGGGAGCGGUUUUUUUUUGUUUGUUUGUUUGUUCUUAGGUUCUAGUACAAGAACAUGGUUUUUAUUUUGGUUUUGUUUGUUAUCAUUGUGGGAUUUUUGGAUGUUAAGCCCUUUUGUCUUCACUUUGUUCUUAUCAUUGAUUCUUUUCUCCCGGUUCUUUAUGGAAAGUUUGGUUUGGUCAA